AUGUCGACUGCCGGCGGUUCUUGGUCUACCAUAUAUGUUGAUCGUAGCAACCAUGUUGGAAAGACGAAUAUCACUAUCCAGCCUCAGAAUGAGUACUUUCUCAUGUGGGAGAAUGAAGUUUUCCUAACUAUCUGGGCUCUUGCUGAAACAGAGGGCCAGAAGGUUAUUUUAGCCAAUGAUGAAACCAACAAGAGUCUUCGCUACGGAUAUGCCAAGCAAGAUACAUCUGACCCUGGAGAGGAGCCUGGUUGGUACUGA